UGAUGUGAAAAGGAGAGAUUUCACAUCCAUUCCUAUCAUAUACCAUCAUAAUGAUGGAUCUGUGUAACCUUCUCUUCAUCUUUCUGUUGAUGAAACUCUCAGGUACUCAAGAUGUCACCACGGUCAGAAAAAUAUCUGUUCAGAAAGGAAAAUCUAUCACAAUUCCUUGCUUAUAUAGACAAGAAUAUACAAAUUCAUACAAGUACUUGAGGGCUGGAUACAAUUGGCUUUUUAGUAAAUAUAUAGAGUCAUCUGACCAUCAAUGUAAUCACAGCACAGUUUGCAUCUCUGAUGACACAUCACACAACAUCUUUACUGUACACAUGAAUAAUAUUCAAGAGUCUGGUAAUUUCUGGUGUGCUGUCAGGAUUCCUUAUGGUUGGGACAAACGGACAGGAUUUUUCUUGGAAGUCACAGAAGGCCCUCCAAGACUUCAACUGGACAAUCAAAGUUUUGAGGAUGGUACUGUUACCAUCAGAUUCUCUCAUCGUGGGUCUACGCAAGGUAAUAUACAAUGGUGUAAGUUGGGAGAGCACUGCAUGGAAGAGAAAUAUGGAACCUUGAAUGGAGCCUCUGUUUUGAUCAGAAAUGAUCAGGAAUACAUUAUUGUUACCAUGAGCAACCUGAAGAAGGAGAACACAGGAUGGUACUGGUGCUCAGUUGGGGACCUACAGAUGCCUGUUCAUAUUACUUUAAAACAGAAAAAUACUCGAUCAACUCUAUCUACCACAACACCACCCACAAUAGUAACAAACAGCAUUCGGACGAGGACUGCCAUUUUAUUUCUGUUGCCUGUGAUAAUAGAAGUCGUCCUGCUCAUGAUAAUUUAUGGAGCAUUUAAACUAUUCAAAUUAUACAGAGAAAGACGCUUAAAAUCUACAAAUCAAGCAGCGGGGGAAAGUCACUACGUAAUUAUGAAUAGGAAACGAUCGUCACAUUCACAUGGCUGUGCAGCUACUGUUGAAGGAGCAUAUGAACAUAUGGAUGGACUCAAAAGAAACACUGAGUCACAUGGCUGUGCAGCUACUGUUGAAGGAGCAUAUGAACAUAUGGAUGGACUCAAAAGAAACACUGAGUCACAUGGCUGUGCAGCUACUGUUGAAGGAGCAUAUGAACAUAUGGAUGGACUCAAAAGAAACACUGAGUCACAUUGCUGUGCUACUGGGGAAAGAACAUACAAAGAUACAGUUGGACUCGAACGUAACAUCAAGCUACCUGCUUCUGGUAAUAAAUUCACCUGCCCUUCUGUGGUCAAGAACAGUGAUCUAUAAAAUACGACCCGGAGAGAAUAUGUGAAUGUGGCGACAUGUCAACAGGUCUCUAUCUAUUCUUUUUUAUUUAUCUUCCAUUGGACAUAAAUCCAGUUGUUACAGCAUCAGUGCAGAUACUAUUCAAUAAUGAGAGAUCAUUUAAUUAAGCAAACUGUAUCUAUUGCUCAACACAUUUCCACUUAAAUUCCACUUUAAUAAACAUAUAUUUGUUUUAAAUUGUGUGUCCAAAAAUAAGUAAAAUGUUUGGUCCCAUUUUUGGUACACUUAAAAUGAUAAUAUAUACAUAAGUCAAGCAUAUGAGGGUUCAUUUGAAAGCUUAGAAUCAGACCUUUUCAGAGAUAACAUCACUUCUGCAUUUGUUACUUAAAAAAAUAAACAAGGCCUAAAAACGAUCCUAUGAAUGGCUUACUUAUAGUUGCUUCUUCAAAUUAAGUUUGGAUAGUAGAAAGAGUUUGAACACUAAAAAAAGCUACUUAUUCAGCUUUAAUCUUCAGCACAGAAUUUGAAUAAAUACAAAAAUAUACACAUGAUGAUAAGGAUGUUAAAUUUGACAGCCCACAUUGACCUGUUGUUGGUGACCAAAAAAUGACUGAAUAAAUGUGUUUUUCUAAACCUUAAUCACAUACAUUUCUUAUUACUUUUGUUUUGAUUGUAUUUUAUGUUUGAGGUGCCACUUCUGUUUUUAUCUCAUUGUGGCAGCAUGAAAAGUGAAGUCCACCAUCCCAAUCAUCAGUCUUUUAACAGAGCUUUUGUCACUGAAGUGUUGUUUUAUAUAGAAUUUAUUAGUUUAUUUUUUUUUAUGAAUGAUACCAACAUUUGAAUUUCAACUGAGGGACUAGAUGCUAUAUGCAAUGUGUUUUGACCCUUUAUGUAUUAGAAAUGCUCUACUCCAGUUUGAUCUGGCAUUUCCAGUUAUUGCUGAAUUAGUUAGUAAAUUUUUUGUGUUAUCCUAAAUAUUAGUAAAUAUUAAACAUGAAGACACAGCUGUUGGUAUUACUGAAAAUUAGAAGCUAUAGCACUAACACGAGGACUUAAGCACAAACUAAGAAAUUAAGUAGUUUUGCAUUGUUUAACACAUCUUAGGCAACAUCUGUUUUGUACGUUUUAUUGUGAAUAGCUUUGAUUAUACUUUUUUUCUCUUUAUUUCCACUCUAUAAAUCUGAUUUAAUGUAAUCUGUAAGAGGGGCUGAACUUUUGUGCUAUAAUGAUGUGAAUAAACUGAUUUGUGUUGUCACAGCAGAAUACAACAGCUGAAUAUAAUGUGUGCCUUGGACUGCUGAGUGGAUAUGAAUGUAUAAAACAAAGUAAAAAUGAUUUCUGGAUAAAAGAGGGGAAAAAAAGCCCCGUUCACCUGCG